ACUCAUGACCUUCUGUUCCAAAGUCCAAUGCCUUUACUACUAAACUACCACUUCCAAGAAUAAAGAGAGGCUAGUAAUGGGACGAGAGUGUUAAAACAAAACAAAAUACUGCUAUUACAAAUAUAAAGGUACAUGCACUUUACUUAUAUGAAACAGUUCUAAUUAUUGCAAUGGUGUAACAGGAACGAAAGUUCUUCUCCUCAGGCUCUACACAUUGUUUUGAAGGAAACGUUUAGUAGUGAUUGUUGGAGGUGUUCUUGUUUCAGUCCUGCACCUGUAGUUGUUUUCACUAAAACCUAAUUGUGCAGUGAGCAGGUGGGGCUCGCACUCAGUUUCCUCGGCGACUCUGGUUUCCGUGGUUACUCAGAAUCUUUCGGUGUUUUGUUUCGCCGUGCGUCGGGGCCCCAGCGGAAAAGUACAGCGUAUAAAUUCGUAUAUCUUUACUUUCAUUCCCCUUCGAAGACAAUUACAAAUGUGCGUGAGCCGUCGAAAGGUAAACUUCCAGGUAAACUUUUAUUAAUUUUGAAUAUAUUUUUAUAUAUAACUUAUUUUAAAUAAAUUUUCAGCCACGUUUUUUUGUCUCUGUUUUGCUGUGACUCAAAAAAACAGGCUCCAUGGACCUCUGCAUUACCAUUAAAGGCGUCUCAUUCCUCCUGCAAACAGGGCUGGGAAUUCUGGGUAACGUGUCUGUGCUGAUGGCGUACGCUCACAUGUCGUUGGUAGAGUCGCGCCUGCAGCCGGUGGACAGGAUCCUGGCUCACCUGGCAUUUAGUAACCUGUUGCUCUUGCUGACACGUGGUGUACCACAGACGAUGGUCAUCUUUGGCCUGCAUGACCUGUUGAACGAUCCAGGCUGCAAAGUGGUGAUCUACGCCUACCGCAUCACCCGUGCACUCUCCGUCUGCCUCACCUGCAUGCUGAGUUUCUUCCAAGCUCUGACCAUCUCACCAGCAGCUGGGCCAAACCUGACCAAGCUGAAAUCUCGUCUCCCACAGCUGGUCAUUCCAACCUUCGUGAGUCUGUGGCUCUUCAACAUGCUGGUCUGCAUCGCAGCUCCUCUUCUCUCUGUAGCACCUCGAAACGGCACCGUGCCCCCCUUCACGCUCAAUCUCGGAUUCUGCUAUGUCAACUUCCAGAAUAACCUGGCGUACGUGGUGAAUGGGGCAGUCCUUUCCACCCGAGAUUUCACCUUUGUGGCCGUGAUGCUGGCCUCCAGCGGCUACAUCCUCGUCCUCCUGCACACACACAGCAGGCAGGUCCGGUCCAUCCGACGUGCUCAGCAAGGAACCUCAAUGGAAAUGCGGGCCGCUAAGACCGUCGUCAUGCUGGUGGUGCUGUACACGCUGUUCUUCGGCAUCGAUAACGUCAUCUGGAUCUACAUGCUCACUGUGGCCCAGGUUCCCGCCGUGGUAGCAGACAUGAGAGUGUUUUUUUCUUCGUGCUAUGCCACCUUCAGUCCUUUCCUCAUGAUAAGCACCAAUAAGAAGAUAAAGGAGAGGAUGGUGUGUGCAGCUGGAGAACAGUCGACUGAAGACUCCAACGAGAAACCAAACACCAAAUGAACUUUUUUUGUGAUACUAGAAAGCAUAUAUUUUAGUAUUCUUGAUAUACAUAAGUAUAUAAAUGAAGAAAAAUACAUAAUGUUAUGCUCUCUGUGCUGACUUUUAUUUUGUUGCCAAAAUGGCGGCCAUUUUGUACUUGUACAGCUUUGUUUUUUAAAGAAACCUAGUGGUUAUUCUACAAAUGUAACCAGAUCAUUGAUUUCCCCAUUAUUUAUAAUGUUAAACACAC